AGAAGGAUCAGUUCUUUAGCAGAACUUCCUGAAACUCACCAAUUAUUGAAACAGACUUGUCAAGGCUUCUCUGAUAAUGAAAUUGCACCAGUGGCUGCACAGUUAGAUAAAGAACAUACCUAUCCAAAAAAUCUGGUCAAGAAACUAGGUGAGCUAGGAUUACUAUGUAUUGAUAUUAGUGAAAGUGAUGGAGGAACUGGUUUAGAUUAUUUAGCCUAUAGUAUAGCACUAGAAGAAAUCAGUAGAGGGUGUGCUUCAUUAGGAUGUAUUAUGAGUGUCAAUAAUUCUUUAUAUUUAGGUCCUAUUAAACAUUUUGCCAAUGCUGAUCAAAAGGAAACAUUUCUUAAACCAUUUUUAAAUGGUGAUCAAGUUGGUUGUUUUGCUUUAAGUGAACCUGGAAAUGGAAGUGAUGCAGGUGCAGCCUCAACAACAGCUACAUUAGAUGGUGAUUCAUGGGUAUUAAAUGGUACCAAAUCAUGGAUCACUAAUGGGUAUGAAGCCUCAGCAACAGUAGUAUUUGCCACCACAGACAAAAGUUUGAAACAUAAGGGAAUAAGUGCCUUUUUGGUUCCUAAGCCAACCCCAGGUUUAACUUUAGGUAAGAAAGAAGAUAAAUUAGGUAUAAGAGCAACAUCUACUUGUAAUCUGAUAUUUGAUGAAUGUAGAAUUCCUAAAGAAAAUUUAUUAGGAGAAACUGGACUUGGUUUUAAGAUUGCUAUGCAAACUUUAGAUGCAGGUAGAAUAGGUAUUGCUAGUCAAGCAUUAGGCAUUGGUCAGGCUGCUAUUGAUUGUGCAAUAGAUUAUGCUACAAAGAGGAAAGCUUUUGGAGCUCCCAUCUCUAAAAUGCAGGCAAUUCAGACUAAACUAGCAGAUAUGGAGUUAAAGUUGGAAUCUGCUAGACUAUUGACUUAUAAAGCAGCUUUAUUGAAAGACUCAGGGAAACCAUACACUAAGCAUGCAGCUAUGGCUAAAUUAGCAGCUUCUGAAACAGCUACAUAUAACUCACAUCAGUGUAUACAGAUAUUAGGCGGUAUGGGCUAUGUAACUGAUAUGCCUGCAGAGAGACAUUAUCGUGAUGCUAGAAUUACAGAGAUCUAUGAAGGUACAAGUGAAAUACAGAGACUAGUUAUUGCUGGUAGUUUAUUGAAGGAAUACAGUAUGAAGAACUAA